AUGAGCAGCACUAUAGAAGAUCUUGUUUUAGAAGGAGGGAACUGUUAUACGGAUAUAUCAGGCAGUCCAGGUGUUGGACGUACUAGUAUUAUAACAUCGAGUCUCAUAAAGUUCCUCAGUUUGGCUGAAAAUGCAAACGCGUAUGCUAUCAUAAUUGAUGUAAAUGGUGAUCUCAAUCUACGAGGUAUAGACGAUGAAAUUACAAGUCGUAUCAAGUAUGUUAGAACGUUAAACCUGUCUUCGUUUCUGGUUACUAUUGCUGCUUUACCUGCAUAUAUUGAGAGUAGCCCAUUUACUACAAAGGUCGUCGCUAUCGACACAAUAUCAAAUUACAUGCGUAAUCCGGAUAUCACGCAGAAGCAUAAGAUUUCUAUACAGAACACCAUCAGAAGUUCUUUCAAUAAGCUAACUAAUGAUAUGUCUGUCAAGAUUAUUAGCACGAGCGAUGCGGUUAUAAGGCGUACGCAUACUAUAGAUGACAAUUCAGUCCGUAUCGCUAAUCUAGGACUCGAGAACAAUAACUAUAUGGGUCCUUUUCACGCCUCAAAUUUCAAUCAGAUGGCGAAUUUCAGACAACUACAGCUGUCAUACGAGCCUGGAGAACCUAAAUCCAGGAAGGCUAGGAUAAUCGGUACAGAUCCUGAAAGGGAUAGCAUAUACUUUAGCAUAGUAGACAGAGUAGUACAUAGGAUUAAGUACAAAGAUACGGAUGGCACGGAUGGGAUUAUCUUGACCUCUUCCUUCAUAUUAGCAGAUGAAUUAGGUAAUGUCGUACAAAGUUCCGUAACUUAUUCUAUCCAUUCCAGUCCAGUUGCUCGUAUGGAUGGUUACGUACGUUUUCAAGGAUAUGGGGUGACGAUUCAUGAUUUCAUCGCAGCGAUCUCAGAAUCGGAGAGGUCCAAGACUUCAUAUAGCAAGCUAAUGACAGGUUAUAUCACAGCAUUCGUCAAUAGAGUUACACCAGCUUUAAGUCAACUAUCGUAUGCAGAGAGAGAGAAAGACUUGUAA